CCAAGCUACGGCGACGACACCUAUCCCGACGCCGAUAGUCGUCGCUACAGGUCUACCUAUGCCGACGACAAGUUGUCGCCAUAGCUUUUGGAAUGUUUGACCAACUUUCUUUGACCGCAAUAUCUGUGCAGACGACAAGUCGUCGCCAUAGGUCCGGCGGGAACGACGAAAAUAUUGGCGGUAAUAUGAAAAUAUAUACCGACGACGUGUCGUCGGUAUAGGUAGCAAAAAAAUGACUUUUUAUUUAUUUUUAUUCCAAGUGCCAGAAAAAGGAAAACGACGUAGUUUUUGGACAUCCUAUGCCGACGACAAGUCGUCGGGACAGGUUUUUUAAUUUACAUUUAUAUUUAUAUUCCAGGAUUAAGUAAUACGUCGUCGUUUAUGUCAACCCUAUGCCGACGACAUGUCGUCGGCAUAGGGGUAUACCCUAAAACAGAUACGCAACUUUCUUUCAUUUGCACACAGCGAUUGUUUUCUGCACUUUCUCCUCCCAAGCGACGAAAUCGAGUUCCCAGCUUCAAUUUCCAGCGAUUUGUCGAAUCCAAGCAACCGGUGGUGAAGCUCCACCUAUCUAUUGACUGCCUCACCUUCCACCACCUAGUGUUGUCGUCGGAAAUCACCACCAGCCACCACCUUACUUCUUUGACUAGCAAAAAAAGCAGAACAUCGGGUUGGUGUACAAGUCGAGCAGAAGAAGACUGGGAGAAAAUUCAAAAUGAAUAUGAGAAAAUGCAAAACGAGGUUGGAGAAGGAGGAGAAGUAAACGAGGAAGAAUGUUUAGAACAUGCCCUUGGGACGAGAUGUGGACAUGCUCGCGGGGUGGGUAGGAGACCAACCGCCAACUUUGGUUUAAUUCCAAAUGAACGGCCUUCCACUUCCAAAUCGUCUCAAUCUCAACCCCAAUCUCAAUCCCAAUUCGAUGCACAACAAAUGCAAGAAUAUUUGCAACAAUAUAAUGCAUCAUUGGCGGCUUGUAUUCCGAACUUCCAACCACCACCAUUUCCUAACUUUCUAUGCAACUAUAACACACAAGCAAGUAGCUCUCAACAAUUUGCCGAAAGGAUGGAAGAAGAAGGAGAAGGAGAAAAAGAAGGAGAAGAAGAAGGAGAAGAAGAAGAAGGAGAAGACGAUUAUGAUAAUGAUGAUUGAUGUUUUUUUAGUAUCAUGAACAAUGUUAGUUAACUACUUAUUGUAAUAUUAAACUUGAAUUUGAUGUUUUGAAUUUGAACAAUGGUACCUAGUUAAUGUAUUUC